CGUUCUUCUUCUUACCAUGAGCACCUCUGUUUCUCCACGUGGGUAAACUAUGAGCGUGAACCUACCCAUUAUCAUUCGUUUAUCGUCAAGUUGAAUGUUCGACGCAAUAUGACACUACGGCGUACUUGACCUCAAUCAAACGUGAAGGAUACACUGUUGGAAUGCUGUCUUGAGAGGGACGCCUUUGGCACCUGGCUGCAGCGUCACCAGCCUUCAAGACACGGAACCAGCAUGCGACUUCCUGGAUUUCACCCAUCUUCAUUUCGCGCACAUGGAGAAGCGCAGAUCUGACCUAUGUAUCCUCUUCAAAACCUGGCUGGUCUCAAUGGCAUUGUUCUGCUGAAGCCUUCGUACAUGCGUCGCCAUUGUGAGCUUCUCACUACUGCGUUCGGCAUUCAAGCUUCGUAUUUGAUUGAGCGUAUCGCCAAAUUAUGCUUCCUCGCUAUGACACAACCGCUGCAGGUGUUCCGGUCUCGUUCCCUGAUGUCAUACCUUUCUUGUAUGCCGCGACUCACACGCGAGAGCAGGCAGGACGCCUGCCAAUUCUUGGAAGGCAUCGCAGAAACAAACGAGACGGAAAGAUGUCCGGGCUGGAGAUCCGUGACCGGGCUGAAGGGACCUUCAUCAGCGGGGUUUCAUUGUUACGUCACGUCCACGAUGUCCUCGCCAGCCCUCAUCUGCCGCACCCACAAGCCAGGACUUACAGAGACUCGCCAGUCCAAUACUGAACAUGAAAGAUCAUACAUUUGCAAUGGGACCACCCUGACUCGCAACAUUGGUCUUCCACAAGUUUCAUUCAAGUUCAGCUUGUCUAUGCCACACAGAACGACGGUCUGCUCAAACAUAUACCGGUGGUAUAAAUCAGCAUCGUUAGCAGCCUACGUGUAUCUAACAGUAUUCAUAAAUUACGACGUAUCUACCUGAUUGAGCAAUGAACGACAUAUACCUCGCU